AUGUAUCCCGGGCCCGAGAAGUUGACAUCAGCAAAACCAGUUGAUUGGCGAAAUCUCUUGAUAAUUUCUGCUAGAGGGCAACACGGUGAGAAGAGGAAAGCCACUGCCCUAAGCAUAAAGAAAACCACUAUUUGUCGAGAUGGUGCCUAUGCCGAUGGAGGAACCCUUGGUUGGGUGGAAGCACAGAAAAAUUCGACAAUCAGGGAAGGAGUUCGACGAUGGAGAGAACAAAAGGUAACCCUAUCUUCUGCCGCCGUAAUUGAGCCUGGAGUUUCUCACAAAAAGAGAUGUCCUCCAUCAUUGCCCAAAACGGUAAACUCAUAUUCAAUAGUCAAAGGGUUCACCUUUAUUGGAACUAGAGGUGAUGAUUUUUUUCAAGCUAUGGUUAGUUUUGUUGAAUCUAUAAUCCAACAGCCAUUUCCAGAGUUCGAUGAUGGAGAGAACAAAAAGCUAACCCUAUCUUCUGCCGCCGUAAUUGAGCCUGGAGUUUCUCACAAAAAGAGAUGUCCUCCAUCAUUGCCCAAAACGGUAAACUCAUAUUCAAUAGUCAAAGGGUUCACCUUUAUUGGAACUAGAGGUGAUGACUUUGUUCAAGCUAUGGUUAGUUUUGUUGAAUCCAUAAUCCAACAGCCAUUUCCAGAGGUAAACUCAUAUUCAAUAGUCAAAGGGUUCACCUUUAUUGGAACUAGAGGUGAUGACUUUGUUCAAGCUAUGGUUAGUUUUGUUGAAUCCAUAAUCCAACAGCCAUUUCCAGAGUUCGAUGAUGGAGAGAACAAAAAGCUAACCCUAUCUUCUGCCGCCGUAAUUGAGCCUGGAGUUUCUCGCAAAAAGAGAUGUCCUCCAUCAUUGCCCGAAAUGGUAAACUCAUAUUCAAUAGUCAAAGGGUUCACCUUUAUUGGAACUAGAGGUGAUGAUUUUGUUCAAGCUAUGGUUAGUUUUGUUGAAUCUAUAAUCGAACAGCCAUUUCCAGAGGUAUUAUACCAUUUUGUAUACCAGAAUAGAUUUUCAAAGAAAGCAGUCUUAGUUAUUCGUCGUAUUUUGUGGUCGUAUUAUCAAUUCGAUGAUGGAGAGAACAAAAAGGUAACCCUAUCUUCUGCCGCCGUAAUUGAGCCUGGAGUUUCUCGCAAAAAGAGAUGUCCUCCAUCAUUGCCCAAAAGGGUAAACUCUUAUUCAAUAGUCAAAGGGUUUACCUUUAUUGGAACUAGAGGUGAUGAUUUUGUUCAAGCUAUGGUUAGUUUGGUUGAAUCUAUAAUUCAACAGCCAUUUCCAGAGGUAUUAUACCAUUUUGUAUACCAGAAUAGAUUUUCAAAGAAAGCAGUUUUAGUUAUUCGUCGUAUUUUGUGGUCGUAUUAUCAUUUCGAUGAUGGAGAGAACAAAAAGCUAACCCUAUCUUCUGCCGCCGUAAUUGAGCCUGGAGUUUCUCGCAAAAAGAGAUGUCCUCCAUCAUUGCCCAAAACGGUAAACUCAUAUUCAAUAGUCAAAGGGUUCACCUUUAUUGGAACUAAAGGUGAUGAUUUUGUUCAAGCUAUGGUAAACUCAUAUUCAAUAGUCAAAGGGUUCACCUUUAUUGGAACUAGAGGUGAUGACUUUGUUCAAGCUAUGGUUAGUUUUGUUGAAUCCAUAAUCCAACAGCCAUUUCCAGAGUUCGAUGAUGGAGAGAACAAAAAGCUAACCCUAUCUUCUGCCGCCGUAAUUGAGCCUGGAGUUUCUCGCAAAAAGAGAUGUCCUCCAUCAUUGCCCAAAACGGUAAACUCAUAUUCAAUAGUCAAAGGGUUCACCUUUAUUGGAACUAGAGGUGAUGAUUUUUUUCAAGCUAUGGUUAGUUUUGUUGAAUCUAUAAUCCAACAGCCAUUUCCAGAGGUAAACUCAUAUUCAAUAGUCAAAGGGUUCACCUUUAUUGGAACUAGAGGUGAUGAUUUUGUUCAAGCUAUGGUUAGUUUUGUUGAAUCUAUAAUCCAACAGCCAUUUCCAGAGGAAUUAUACCAUUUUGUAUACCAGAAUAGAUUUUCAAAGAAAGCAGUCUUAGUUAUUCGUCGUAUUUUGUGGUCGUAUUAUCAAUUCGAUGAUGGAGAGAACAAAAAAGUAACCCUAUCUUCUGCCGCCGUAAUUGAGCUUGGAGUUUCUCGCAAAAAGAGAUGUCCUCCAUCAUUGCUCAAAACGGUAAACUCAUAUUCAAUAGUCAAAGGGUUCACCUUUAUUGGAACUAGAGGUGAUGACUUUUUUCAAGCUAUGGUUAGUUUUGUUGAAUCCAUAAUCCAACAGCCAUUUCCAGAGGUAAACUCAUAUUCCAUAGUCAAAGGGUUCACCUUUAUUGGAACUAAAGAGGAUGAUUUUGUUCAAGCUAUGGUUAGUUUUGCUGAAUCUAUAAUCCAACAGCCAUUUCCAGAGGUAAACUCAUAUUCAAUAGUCAAAGGGUUCACCUUUAUUGGAACUAGAGGUGAUGAUUUUGUUCAAGCUAUGGUUAGUUUUGUUGAAUCUAUAAUCCAACAGUCAUUUCCAGAGGUAAACUCAUAUUCAAUAGUCAAAGGGUUCACCUUUAUUGGAACUAGAGGUGAUGACUUUGUUCAAGCUAUGGUAAACUCAUAUUCAAUAGUCAAAGGGUUCACCUUUAUUGGAACUAGAGGUGAUGAUUUUGUUCAAGCUAUGGUUAGUUUUGUUGAAUCUAUAAUCCAACAGCCAUUUCACAAGGUAAACUCAUAUUCAAUAGUCAAAGGGUUCACCUUUAUUGGAACUAAAGGUGAUGAUUUUGUUCAAGCUAUGGUUAGUUUUGCUGAAUCUAUAAUCCAACAGCCAUUUCCAGAGGUAAACUUAUAUUCAAUAGUCAAAGGGUUCACCUUUAUUGGAACUAGAGGUGAUGACUUUGUUCAAGCUAUGUUCAAUGAUGGAGAGAACAAAAAGGUAACCCUAUCUUCUGCCGUCGUAAUUGAGCCUGGAGUUUCUCGCAAAAAGAGAUGUCCUCCAUCAUUGCCCAAAACGGUAAACUCAUAUUCAAUAGUCAAAGGGUUCACCUUUAUUGGAACUAGAGGUGAUGAUUUUGUUCAAGCUAUGGUUAGUUUUGUUGAAUCUAUAAUCCAACAGCCAUUUCCAGAGGUAUUAUUCCAUUUUGUAUACCAGAAUAGAUUUUCAAAGAAAGCAGUCUUAGUUAUUCGUCGUAUUUUGUGGUCGUAUUAUCAAUUCGAUGAUGGAGAGAACAAAAAGGUAACCCUAUCUUCUGCCGCCGUAAUUGAGCCUGGAGUUUCUUGCAAAAAGAGAUGUCCUCCAUCAUUGCCCAAAACGGUAAACUCAUAUUCAAUAGUCAAAGGGUUCACCUUUAUUGGAACUAAAGGUGAUGAUUUUGUUCAAGCUAUGGUUAGUUUUGUUGAAUCUAUAAUCCAACAGCCAUUUCCAGAGUUCGAUGAUGGAGAGAACAAAAAGGUAACCCUAUCUUCUGCCGCCGUAAUUGAGCCUGGAGUUUCUCGCAAAAAGAGAUGUCCUCCAUCAUUGCCCAAAAUGGUAAACUCAUAUUCAAUAGUCAAAGGGUUCACCUUUAUUGGAACUAGAGGUGAUGAUUUUGUUCAAGCUAUGCAACAGAUGAAGAUGUUUAUGGUUAGGGCUAGCCAAAUGGAAGAUGCUGAUUGCAAAAAGAUAUUCUGA